AAAAAUCGCAUCUAACCUCUCUCACCUCACCCUCUAAUAAGGAGAACGGAGUGAUUGGAAGUAGAGCAGAGUUGGCGAUUAGAUCCGAGGUAGCCAUGAAAUCUAUAAUCGUUUCUUCUCAAAUCGAUCCAGAGAUCCGGAUUUGAUAGAUCUAAUUGGCUUUUGCUGUCACUUUUAGCUCUUUGAUUUGCUUUCUGGAUCAAAAUUUCAUCUUGCUAGCUCCCCUGUUUCUAAAGGAGAUGGAGAGAGAUCAGGAGUUGAAGCACUGCUGCAGGGUUUGUGGGAAGAGCUUCCCCUGUGGGAGAUCUUUGGGAGGCCACAUGAGGUCUCACUUAGCAUCGAACUCCUGUGCCGAGGUCGAGGCGAGGCUGCAGAGCAGCAGGAGCUCCAUUGGGGUAGGAGCUGGCUAUGACCUGAGGGAGAACCCCAAGAAGACCUGGAGGCUAUCGGGCUCUGGCAGCGACGGCUCCCCGGGGCAUGACAAGCUCUGCAGGAAGUGUGGGAAAGGUUUCCCUUCUUUGAAGUCUCUCUUUGGGCACAUGAGGUGCCAUCCAGAUAAGUCUCACCAUAAUUUGGAGGAGGGGGAGGAGGAAGAGAAAGAAUUGGAGGAGCAGGAGGGCGCAUGGAGUGCAGGAGGCCAAUCUGACAAUGAGGUGAUGAUUCCCAGAAGGAGAAGAAGAUCAAGACGAGUGGCGUUGAUCCCAGCCUCAUCGACUCAGGUGUUGGAGCUUGAGAAGGAGCAGGAGGAUGUGGCACUGAGCCUCAUGAUGCUGUCGAGGGACACCGGGUUUUGGAGCAGCAUUAGCUCGACCGCCGAGUCCGAUAAGAAUUCAGUGGUGUUGAAGAAUUUAGACUCUGAGGGAGAUGAGAUUGGGAAGGGAAAGAAGAGAUCUGAAUUCAUUUCUUUAAGAUAUGGGGAUAGGAGAGAUGGACUAAAGAAGGUGGAAUCUGAUGUUUCUGAUGAUGAUGGUUUUGUUAAGGAUGAUGAGUUCAAGAAGCCAAAGGCCUAUACUUCGGAUACGGAUGAAUUCGAGCAUGCCGAUGAAGCAUCAAGAAAAGGCUCUCUCAAGAAGAAGGAUCUGAGUUGUUGUCUUGCUGAAUUAGGGAGGAAGACGAGAUUCGAUCAGUGGCACUCAGGAACUGGGAAAUAUAGCAAAUCAGGAUCAAGGUCUGAGUUUGGUGCUUCCAAAGCUGAUUUCAGUAAGGUUUCUAUAAAAAGAGGCCGGUAUGAAUGCACUACAUGCAACAAGUUCUUCCCUUCUUACCAAGCUCUCGGAGGUCACCGAGCUAGCCACAAAAGGAUCAAGGUCCUGUUAGUAUCAAGGACUGAAGGCAGUAAUAACAGCUUGGAGACAGAAGCUUCUAUUAAGCCCGCACAGUUGGAAGAAUUGGUGGACAAGAAUGUUGGCAUUGAUACUAGCUCUGAAGCAUCAAAGAAGGUCAAGGACCAUGAAUGCCCAAUCUGUCACAACCUUUUCUCAUCAAGCCAAGCUUUAGGGGGUCACAAGAAGUCCCACUUGGUUGUGAGCUCCGAUGGUGCAGACCUCACUCAUCAGACUAUUGUAAUUCAGCAGCAGCCACCGGGGAUGCCGGAUGUGCUUGAUCUCAACCUCCCAGCUCCCACCGAUGAAGGUUAUAAUAAUACUGAAGGGAAUCUUAAGUUCAGGUCUUGGUGGGUUGGAAGAAAUCACAGGCGCGAGCCACUCUGGGGCCUGAUCUCCAAUUGAUGAAGAAGAUGCAGAGAUUGUAUAUAUUUAUCAGAUACUUGUUGCAGUUUUAUUCAAUUAAUUCUU